AUGGCGGAUAUCAUUCGCUGUCUCUGCAGUAAUAUGCCUAAGCAGUGGGACCGGUAUCUUGCUCCUGCUGAGUUCGCCUUCAACAACUCGAUUAACCGCUCUACCGGUACAUUUCCCUUUCAGCUUUCCUCGGUCGGGUCGAUCCCUCUGAUAAACCUCCAGAUGUCCAAGAAACAGACUGAGCCUAAGCCUGAGCUUGAGCCUGAGCCUGGAGAUGGUGUCGUCGGAGGGGGGAUGAGGGCGGCGUGCACUGCACGUCCGUCAGGGCGAAGUCGUGUGGGGCUGGAGGAUGGAGCAGGUGGACAUGGCGGCGUCGAAGACUUAGACGACGACCUUGCGCUUGGCGUAGUCGAUGGAGUGGACUUCCUACCAUAUGAGCACAUGGAAGCACUGGAAAAGUAUGUUUGCAUGACAUCCACAAAUUCAAGGUUUUUAGCCGAAAUUCAAGGCCUCGAUAGGUUGGAGUUUUUGGAAAGCCUGGAUAUCUCUUGGUGCACUUCAAUUGAAAAGCUAGACCUUUCAAAAUCCGCGAGGCUGAAGAAUUUAGAAGUUUCUCACUGCGAAAACUUAGCCGAAAUUCAAGGCCUUGAUACGUUGGAGUUUUUGGAAAGCCUGGAUAUCUCUAAGUGUGCCUCCAUUGAAAGGCUAGACCUUCCAAAAUCCGGGAGGCUGAAGAUAUUAAAUGCUGUUGACUACAUAAACUUAGCCGAAAUUCAAGGCCUCGAUAGGUUGGAGUUUUUGGAAGACCUGGAUAUCUCUGAGUGUGAUUCAAUUGAAAAGCUAGACCUUUCAAAAUCCAGGAGGCUGAAGAAAUUAAAAGUUGUUGACUGUGAAAACUUAGCCGAAAUUCAAGGCCUCGAUACGUUGGAGUUUUUGGAAAGCCUGGAUAUCUCUAAGUGCGUCUCCAUUGAAAGGCUAGACCUUCCAAAAUCCGGGAUGCUGAAGAUAUUAAAUGCUGUUGACUGCAUAAACUUAGCCGAAAUUCAAGGCCUCGAUACAUUGAAGUUUUUGGAAAGCCUGGAUAUCUCUGGAAGUAGGUCACUCAAAACAAUUCCAGAGUUAUCUGGAACGAUUUAUCAAAAUUAA